AUGUCAGAACUGUUGUCGAUCAUCGAUAUUGUACCAGCCAAAAGCAACAACUCCUCAACUGUUACCCCACAUAACGUUGACUCACCUCAUGUAUCUUCCAGGUCUACAAAUUUUAUUCCGACCGUGGAUGCAAAUGUCUCGAGCGGCUCUAUAGAAGCUUUUGAACUCGAAGAUGGUGGUUUGAAUAAAACACGCGUCGUUGUCGUUAUUUCGGUGCUCACGGGCGUCAGCUUCCUGAGCAGUUUGACCAAUGGAUUCAUCGCCAUUGGUCUCCCACGGAUAGCAUCUGAUCUUUCUCUUCCUUCGCAUCUAAUAAUUUGGCCGUCCGCGGUGUACCCCUUGACUAUUAGUACCUGUCUUAUUCUCGCUGGCUCCAUCGCAGAUGUAGUUGGCCACAGAAACAUCAAUCUGACAGGCUGCGCUCUUACGGGUGGCUUCAUCCUUGCUUGCGGUCUCGCGCGUACAGGUAUCGAGUUUAUCAUGUUCCGCGCCAUGCAAGGAGUGGCGGUUGCGCUCUGUCUGCCCACUUCCGUUGCGAUCGUUUCACACUCGGUUCCUGUAGGCCGGGCACGCAACAUUGCUUUCUCAUGCCUAGGCUUCGUUCAACCCAUUGGGUUUUCCCUCGGUAUGGUACUCGAAGGUGUCAUACUCGACACAAUUGGCUGGCGUUUCUUAUACUACCUUUCUGGAAGCCUAUGCUUGGCGCUCUUCGCAGUCAGUUUGUGGGCAUUGCCGCAUGAUCCUGUGAUCCAGGGUUCUAUCAUCAGGAAGCUCAAGAACGAGAUAGACUGGUUGGGGGCUUUUAUCAUAUCCACGUGUCUGGCGGUAUUCUCUUAUGUCCUUGCGACUUUAUCGGAUUCCGUCGACAACAUUCGCCAUCCCGUAAAUAUCGUGCUACUAGUAGGUAGCUUUGCUCUAAUACUAGCCUUUAUCCUGUGGCAAGGUCGCCGGGAACGCUUGAACCUCCCAGCCCUGAUUCCAAACUCGCUGUGGAGAAAUACGGUAUUCACGAGCGUUUGUCUCACGGUCCUCUUGUCUAAUGCUGUUGCGAAUGCAAUGGAAACCUUUUGUUCUCUCUUUUUCCAACAAGUCCAACACAUAUCUGCCCUUGGGGCGGCCAUCCGGAUCCUACCCUCUCUCAUAAUUGGGUUUUGCAUUCAACUUACCACAGGCCUCGUUAUCCAUCGCACAUCACCCUUCAUUCUCGUCCUAACCACACUCGCUCUCAGCGCCGGCGCUCCCCUCCUCAUGGCUGUCAUUUCGCCGCGGUGGCCUUACUGGUAUGCGGCCUUCCCAGCGCAGCUGCUUUCGCCAAUGGCAUGCGACAUUAUGUUCACGAUCGGUCUGCUGGCCGUGUCGGAGGGAUUUCCAGCGGAUACGCAAGCGCUAGCGGGUGCUGUGUUCAACACGGUAAAUCAGUUUGGACAAAGUAUUGGACUGACGCUGUUGGCGGUUGUUUCUGCUGUUGUGACGAAGCAAACGGAAGAUCAGGGGAAAGGGAAGGAGGAGGCCUUGUUUGUGGGGUACCGAGCGGGGUUUUGGACCGCGUUUGCUUUGGGUGUACCAGCGUGCCUUAUUGGGGGGUUCGGGUUGAGGCACAUGGGUAAGAUCGGGGUAAAGAGGGAUUAA